AUGUGUAAAUCUGCAAUGAAUUUAAUGCUAAUUAAUUUAGCCCCAACUCUUUGGAUUGGUCGUCCACAUUGGCUUAUAAAUUGGCGUUGGGGUUGCCCUUUAAUUAGAUAUUUUGAAUGUGUUUUCCUUUUUGCUUCAAUUUUAAGUCAAUUAAUUGUUUGUAUUGAAAGAUUUAUUGCAAUUUGUUAUCCUCUUCAAGCUCGCAGAUUAUGUUCAAAUAAAAAGGCUAUUUAUUCACUUAUAAUUAUUUGGAUUUUUGUUUUAUUAUUUUCUCUUCCAAAUAUAUUAUUUAAUAGAAGAAUUAAUUUAUUUAUUAAUUUGUCAGAAAAUAAUAAUAAUAAUGAACAUUUAAGUAAAUUCAGAAAAAAAUUCAAAAAAAAAAUAUUUUUUUAG